GUGUGCCGGAGUUUUUGACGGAUCACGUGAUCUCUGUUGUGCUCGCCGUAGUCGUAAAGUGUGUAGAACAAGACUUGAAAACUCUGUUCUUGUUUUCGUUCUAGAAAUGGUGUUUUUCAAUACAUGUGGGCCCAAUGAGGCCAUGGUGGUUUCAGGUUGUUUUCACGCGAGGCCAGCGCUAGUUUCCGGUGGACGGAUAUUUGUGUGGCCGGUCUUUCAGAAGCUGCAAAGGAUCUCGUUAAAUACCAUGACACUUAACGUUGAGUCCCCAAGAGUGUACACAAGACAUGGCGUCCCUAUUUCAGUCACUGGUAUUGCACAGGUCAAAAUUCAAGGACAGAACCAAGAAAUGUUGCAUGCGGCAUGUCAGCAAUUCUUGGGAAAAUCUGCGGAGCAGACUCGACAUAUUGCACUGGAGACACUUGAAGGUCAUCAGCGUGCUAUCAUGGGCACCAUGACAGUUGAGGAAAUUUACAGAGACAGGAAAAAGUUCUCCAAAAGUGUGUUUGAGGUCGCUUCAUCUGAUCUUGUCAAUAUGGGUAUCAGUAUUGUCAGUUACACAAUCAAAGAUAUCCGUGAUGAAGAGGGGUACCUACAUGCCCUUGGUAUGUCCAGAACAGCCCAGGUCAAGCGAGAUGCCAGGAUUGGUGAGGCAGAAGCCAAGAGAGACUCUGGAAUCAAGGAAGCCAUUGCUGAGGAAGCACGUCUGAAGGCCAAGUAUGAGAAUGACACACAGAUAGCAAAAGCAAAGAGGGACUUUGAGCUCAAGAAAGCAGGCUAUGACAUUGAAGUUCAAACCAAGAAUGCCACUUCCCAAAUGGCUUACAACCUCCAGGCUGCCGUCACCAAGCAGAAGAUCAAGGAGGAGGAAAUGCAGAUUAAAGUUGUUGAGAGGGGCCAGCAGAUCAAAGUCCAGGAGCAGGAAAUUGCUCGCCGUGAGCGUGAGUUGGAAGCUACUGUACGGCAGCCAGCUGAAGCUGAGAAAUACAGGUUGGAAAAGCUAGCCGAAGCAAAUAGGAACCGUGUUAUUUUGGAGGCUGAAGCACAAUCUGAGGCUAUAAAGGUAAAGGGAGAUGCAGAGGCAUUUGCGAUUGAGGCUAAGGCCAAGGCUGAGGCAGAGCAGAUGGCCAAGAAGGCAGAUGCAUGGAAAGAGUACCGCGAGGCUGCCAUUGUGGACAUGGUCCUUGAAACUAUGCCCAAGAUUGCCGCUGAAAUCGCUGCACCAUUAUCACAAGUCAACAAAAUCACCAUGGUGUCUAACGGCAAGGGUGAAGUUGGUGCUUCCAAGGUGACUGGCGAGAUCCUCGACAUUGUGGCCAAGCUGCCCAAGGCAGUAGAGGCACUUACAGGAAUUGACAUCAGUAAGGUAAGGCCUCGGUACAUCAAGGGCUCCUAGGGCUGGUGUAAUAAUGGGGAAAUGUCUCUACUAGGGGUGAUGUAAAGAGGGGGCAAUGCCUCUCCUAGGGGUGAUGUAAAGAGGGGGCAAUGUCUCUCCUAGGGGUGAUGUAAAGAUGGGGCAAUGUCUCUCCUAGGGUUGAUGUAAUGAGAGGGCAAUGCCUCUCCUAGGAGUGAUGUAAAGAGGGUCAAUGUCUCUCCUAGGGGUGAAGUAAUGAGUGGUAAAUGCCUCUUCUAGGGGUGAUGUAAAGAUGGGGCAAUGUCUCUCCUAGGGGUGAUGUAAUGAGAGGGUAAUGUCUCUCCUAGGGUUGAUGUAAUGAGAGGGCAAUGCCUCUCCUUGGGGUGAUGUGAAGAGGGGGUAAUGUCUCUCCUAGGGGUGAUGUAAGGAGGGGGCAAUGUCUCUCCUAGUGGUGAUGUAAAGAGGGGGCAAUGCCUCUCCUAGUGGUGAUGUAAGGAGGGUGCAAUGUCUCUCCUAGGGGUGAUGUAAAGAGGGGGCAAUGUCUCUCCUAGGGGUGAUGUAAAGAGGGGGCAAUGUCUCUCCUAGGGGUGAUGUAAAGAGGGAUGUAAUGUCUCUCCUAGGGGUGACGUAAAGAGGGGCAAUGUCUAUCCUAGGAGUGAUUUAAAGAGGGGGUAUUGUCUCUACUAGGGUUGAUGUAAAGAGGGAUGAAAUGUCUCUCCUUGGGGUGAUGUAAAGAGGGGCAAUGUCUAUCCUAGGAGUGAUGUAAAGAGGGGGCAUUGUCUCUACUAGGGGUGAUGUAAAGAGGGGGCAAUGUCUCUCCUAGUGGUGAUGUAAAGAGGGGCAAUGUCUAUCCUAGGAGUGAUGUAAAGAGGGGGCAAUGUCUCUCCUAGGGGUGAAGUAAUGAGUGGUAAAUGCCUCUUCUAGGGGUGAUGUAAAGAUGGGGCAAUGUCUCUCCUAGGGGUGAUGUAAUGAGAGGGUAAUGUCUCUCCUAGGGUUGAUGUAAUGAGAGGGCAAUGCCUCUCCUUGGGGUGAUGUGAAGAGGGGGUAAUGUCUCUCCUAGGGGUGAUGUAAAGAGGGGGCAAUGUCUCUCCUAGUAGUGAUGUAAAGAGGGGGCAAUGCCUCUCCUAGUGGUGAUGUAAGGAGGGUGCAAUGUCUCUCCUAGGGGUGAUGUAAAGAGGGGGCAAUGUCUCUCCUAGGGGUGAUGUAAAGAGGGGGCAAUGUCUCUCCUAGGGGUGAUGUAAAGAGGGAUGUAAUGCCUCUCCUAGGGGUGAUGUAAAGAGGGGGUUAAAGAGGGGGCAAUGUCUCUCCUAGGGGUGAUGUAAAGAGGGAUGUAAUGCCUCUCCUAGGGGUGAUGUAAAGAGGGGGCAAUGUCUCUCCUAGGGGAGAUGUAAAGAGGGGGUAAUGUCUCUCCUAGGGGUGAUGUAAAGAGGGGGCAAUGUCUCUCCUAGGGGUGAUGUAAAGAGAGGGCAAUGCCUCUCCUAGGGGUGAUGUAAAGAUGGGGCAAUGUCUCUCCUAGGGGUGAUGUAAUGAGAGGGUAAUGUCUCUCCUAGGGUUGAUGUAAUAAGAGGGCAAUGCCUCUCCUAGGGGUGAUGUAAAGAGGGGGUAAUGUCUCUCCUAGGGGUGAUGUAAAGAGGGGGCAAUGUCUCUCCUAGGGGUGAUGUAAAGAGGGGGCAAUGUCUCUCCUAGUGGUGAUGUAAAGAGGGGGCAAUGCCUCUCCUAAUGGUGAUGUAAAGAGUGGGCAAUGUCUCUCCUAGGGGUGAUGUAAAGAGGGGGCAAUGUCUCUCCUAGGGGUGAUGUAAAGAGGGGGCAAUGCCUCUCCUAGGGGUGAUGUAAAGAGGGUGCAAUGUCUCUCCUACGAGUGAUGUAAAGAGGGGGUAAUGUCUCUCCUAGGGGUGAUGUAAAGAGGGGGCAAUGUCUCUCGUAGGGGUGAUGUAAAGAGGGGGCAAUGUCUCUCCUAGGGGUGAUGUAAAGAGGGGGCAAUGUCUCUCCUAGUGGUGAUAUAAAGAGGGGGCAAUGCCUCUCCUAGUGGUGAUGUAAAGAGGGGGCAAUGUCUCUCCUAGGGGUGAUAUAAAGAGGGGGCAAUGUCUCUCCUAGUGGUGAUGUAAAGAGGGGGCAAUGUCUCUCCUAGGGGUGAUAUAAAGAGGGGGCAAUGUCUCUCGUAGGGGUGAUGUAAAGAGGGGGCAAUGCCUCUCCUAGGGGUGAUGUAAAGAGGGGGUAUUGUCUCUCCUAGGGUCGAUGUAAAGAGGGGGCAAUGUCUCUCCUAGGGGUGAUGUAAAGAGGGGGCAAGUCUCUCCUAGGGGUGAUGUAAAGAGGGGGCAAUGCCUCUCCUAGGGGUGAUGUAAAGAGGGGGCAAUGUCUCUCCUAGGAGUGAUGUAAAGAGGGAUGUAAUGCCUCUCCUAGGGGUGAUGUAAAGAGGGGGCAAUGUCUCUCCUAGGGGAGAUGUAAAGAGGGGGCAAUGUCUCUCCUAGGGGUGAUGUAAUGAGAGGGUAAUGUCUCUCCUAGGGUUGAUGUAAUAAGAGGGCAAUGCCUCUCCUAGGGGUGAUGUAAAGAGGGGGUAAUGUCUCUCCUAGGGGUGAUGUAAAGAGGGGGCAAUGUCUCUCCUAGGGGUGAUGUAAAGAGGGGGCAAUGUCUCUCCUAGUGGUGAUGUAAAGAGGGGGCAAUGCCUCUCCUAAUGGUGAUGUAAAGAGUGGGCAAUGUCUCUCCUAGGGGUGAUGUAAAGAGGGGGCAAUGUCUCUCCUAGGGGUGAUGUAAAGAGGGGGCAAUGCCUCUCCUAGGGGUGAUGUAAAGAGGGUGCAAUGUCUCUCCUACGAGUGAUGUAAAGAGGGGGUAAUGUCUCUCCUAGGGGUGAUUUAAAGAGGGGGCAAUGUCUCUCGUAGGGGUGAUGUAAAGAGGGGGCAAUGUCUCUCCUAGGGGUGUUGUAAAGAGGUUGCAAUGUCUCCUAGUGGUGAUAUAAAGAGGGGGCAAUGCCUCUCCUAGUGGUGAUGUAAAGAGGGGGCAAUGUCUCUCCUAGGGGUGAUAUAAAGAGGGGGCAAUGUCUCUCCUAGUGGUGAUGUAAAGAGGGGGCAAUGUCUCUCCUAGGGGUGAUAUAAAGAGGGGGCAAUGUCUCUCGUAGGGGUGAUGUAAAGAGGGGGCAAUGCCUCUCCUAGGGGUGAUGUAAAGAGGGGGUAUUGUCUCUCCUAGGGUCGAUGUAAAGAGGGGGCAAUGUCUCUCCUAGGGGUGAUGUAAAGAGGGGGCAAGUCUCUCCUAGGGGUGAUGUAAAGAGGGGGCAAUGCCUCUCCUAGGGGUGAUGUAAAGAGGGGGCAAUGUCUCUCCUAGGAGUGAUGUAAAGAUGGGACAAUGUCUCUCCUAGAAGUGAUGUAAUGAGGGGUUAUUGUCUCUCCUAGGGGUGAUAUAAAGAGGGGGCAAUGUCUCUCCUAGAGGUGAUGUAAAGAGGGUGCAAUGUCUAUCCUAGGAGUGAUGUAAAGAGGGGGCAAUGUCUCUCCUAAGGGUGAUGUAAAGAGGGUGCAAUGUCUUUCCUAGGGGUGAUGUAAAAGGAUGGUUUCAUAUGAUUAAUCAUUUUAUUAUUAUUUUUUUACGAUUUCAGGCAAUGUCGCUGUCUAAUCGAGUAUGAAAGUGAUUCGUAUCUACAUAUCGCGCACUACACCAA